GAGGCGCUCCGGCGGGCGGCAGAGGCGGCUCCGGGACCCGUCUCUCGGCCGGGCCCCGCGCGUAUGCGCGCCUGUUGCCAGGGUAGGAAAGAUGCGCCGACUGCGCUUUCCAAGCGACGCUUUCCCGGCUUUCCUGUCCAGGGCGGCACCGCCAUAUUGAGACUCGCGGCGGCUCUGAGGGAGGCACAGAGGCUUGCGGAGGGAAAAGGGGCGAAGUCGCUCCCCUCGGCUUUCCCCCGUCCCUUUUUCCACCUGAAGCUGGGAGACUCGCGAGCCUCGCCCGAAGCCGGCGGGGCUUACUUCCCUCACACGGACGAGGCCUCGCUUUCGACAGGCGGGCGGGAGGCCAACUGUCCCUGAGUUACAUAGACAGAAUGGCAGACCUGGUGGCCAUCUGGGAAGUAGGCCUGAGUGAUGGUGUUCACAAAAUUGAAUUUGAGCAUGGGACCACAUCAGGAAAGCGUGUUGUGUAUGUAGAUGGAAAGGAAAUAAUAAGAAAAGAAUGGAUGUUUAAAUUAGUGGGAAAGGAGACCUUUACAGUUGGAGCAGCUAACACAAAGGCUACUAUUAAUAUUGAUGCAGUCAGUGGAUUUGCAUAUGAAUAUACUCUGGAAAUAGAUGGAAAAAGUCUCAAGAAAUAUCUGGAGAAUCGAUCAAAAACAACAAAUACUUGGGUAUUACACCUAGAUGGUACAGAUUUUAGAGUUGUUUUAGAGAAAGACACAAUGGAUGUCUGGUGCAAUGGUAAAAAAGUGGAGACAGCGGGUGAAUUUGUAGAAGAUGGGACAGAAACACAUUUCAGUAUUGGAAAGCACAACUGUUAUAUCAAAGCUGUCAGCAGCGGGAAGAGAAGGGAAGGAAUUCUCCACAUGCUCAUUGUGGAUGAUGGAGAAAUUCCAGAAGUAUUGGAAUAGCUUUCAGAGACUAAUGCAGAUAAAAGUAUCAGGGAUUUUCAAUUACUGUGGCAUAAUUGACAACUUUAAUGUAUACUUGUUCAUUGAGUCUGUGAUGGAUUUUUUAAGUUAGAGCAUAGAAAAUUCACUAGAGGACCAAAUAAAUAUGUAAAGUUAUGUAUAAUCUAUUAUUUUGUUAUAUAGGGACACUGAAGGGGAACUGACUAAUGUAGAAAUUGUUUACAUGGGACAUUUUAACAAAAUAGUGCAGAAUAAAAGAAUCAGUUUUACAUGUUUUUAAUUCCCUUAAAUUAAUCUUAUUUUUUUUUUAAAAAACUUGAUGUGUAUUGCAUUGAAAGACUAAACAUAUCUUGUUUAGAUUUAUCAUCAGUGAAACUGAUACCAGACAUCUUCAUGCCUAUGAAGUCAACUUUCAGCUCUAUGUACUAGGAUUGCUGUAAGAGCCCCAUAACUACCUUAUGUAGCCAUUUCAUUCUGUGGGCCUGAGGAGAUCUACGUAAUGAGUUUGAUUGAAUUCGUGAUUGAUGAGUGCUUGGGUUCAGAAAUGGGGAAAUCACAAUGUCCUUUAACAACUCUAUAACUGCAUAUAGAAGGUAUGAUACAGUAGAAUCAAGUCUUAUAUUUUCUAAAUCCAUGUAGCUUUAAAUAAUGUAAACAAAACUAUGGAAUAAAUAUUAAUCUAGAUAUUGCCCAAAACACUUCUAUGGCUCUCAGCACAAGAAACAUUGUGUAGAUGAAAAAUGAUAAGUAUAAAUGUAUUAGAGUUUUCUUAAAAGGAUUGUAAAAUAAAAUAAAAUCAAGGGAUGUAACAACA